UAUGACAGAUUUCUUAACCUCAACAGUCGUCAACUCGGUUUAGAGGGCAGAGCGGCACUUUUUAUUGUUAGAUUCGUUCGUUUCGUGCAAAAACGUAUCGAAUGAGUGUAUUUUUAUCAAAAUUUGAACCGAACGGGGUAUUCUAUUUUACCACAAUAACAAACCUAACCUUCACGCAUUGAUCUUAGCGAAUUUACAAUCGCAUUACUUUAAUGUUGAAUUUUUCCUUAUCACGGAUUCUUUUCACAAUCGCACACAAUACCUUUUGCAUGACACAAUGAUCGUUCUACAAGUACUACGUCCAGAGAAUUUAAAGUUGUUUUGGUGAGGACAAGUGUAUAAGCAGAGCAGAGGAAGGAUGCCAAGCUGCACGAGUUUGAUCAGAUUACUUAGACGACGUCUUGUUCUUGGGCUCAUCUUUGCUCUGUCACUGACAUAUUGUGCCUUUUCGUUGCUCCGCAAUGAAAAGAAAGUGCUACCGAAUCUAGACAAUAAUUUUGAUAUGGAUCCUAUGAUGAUUAAUGAUAACAAUGAAGAUAUGGUACCCGAUGAUAAUAUGCUAGAAGAACUAAGAGCAUCUGAUAAAUCUCCACUGUGGCAGAUGGAAAUACUGGAUCAAGCAGCUGGUGAUAAUGCAGAAAAUAUAGAUGCAUCUAAUUUAAACGAAAGUGAUGCUUAUAAUCAGUCUUGUCGUAAUUCUGUUCAAGGAAAGGGUUUGAUAGUUGAUGAUCACGGUGUAGUAUGUUCAAGACAUGAAGUGCUAUUAAAUGGAUGUUGUGUGAUAGAGCAGAAACAGUCUCUAAAAAAUGAAGAAUUAUCUAUGACUAGGAGAGAAAGGUAUAGCUGCAAAACUUGCAAUCCUCAAGGAUGCUGUACUAUUUACGAGUAUUGUGUUUCCUGUUGCUUGCACCCUGACAAGCAAAUACGAGGUCGGAAGGACUUAUCAGUAGGGUCCGCAAAAGUACAAAAAGAUAUAGGAAGAACGGCUCAUUUCCAGAUUUGUCUAACCGCUUGUCGCACCUCGAGUUCUAGUGUUCGACGCGACAACACUUACAAGGAUCCCCUCGCGAAGCACUGUUAUAUCCCGCAACGAUAUCGUCGCAAUAUUAACUCAUUAAAUAAUAACGGCAACAAUCCUGCCGUUGUCGUUACUUCUUCUUCUGUGGUGAUGUUACUAUUUCCCUCUCCCAAAUCUUACUCUUAUUUAUUCAAUCCUACGUUAUCUGCAUCGGUUUUAUACUAAUAUUAUCUAAUUAUUAUAUUAUUUCAUCGUAAAAUAAUAGCCUUGAGGUAACCCUGCAUGGUCAAUAAUACUGUCAAUAUUAACAAAUAUUGAUAAUAUUACUGAUCGCGUGUAAU